AUGGGUUUUGUUCAAAGUCUGUGUGAUCAUUCUUUGUUUGUUAUGUGUAAAGGUGAUGUGUUAGUUGUAUUGCUGGUCUAUGUUGAUGAUAUUGUGGUUACCGGAAACAGUUUACCAGAAAUCACAAGAGUUAAGAGUUGUUUAAGUAAAAGUUUUCAAAUUAAAGACUUAGGCAUACUGAAGUACUUCGUUGGUAUAGAAGUCCUGUAUUCUGGUGGGUCUGUGUGUUUGUCACAAAGGAAGUACUGUCUGGAGCUUCUCAAUGAGUUUGGGUACCUAGGGUGUAAACCUGUUGGUACUCCAAUUGAGCAGUCUCAUAUUAUUACAAAUAAAACUGACAAAGAUGAAAAGUUUUUGGAAAAUGUCAAUGGUUUUAAAAAAUUAAUUGGUAAGUUGAUAUACUUGUCAUUAACUCGUCCGGAUAUAAGUUAUACUGUUCAGUUCUUGAGUCAAUAUAUGCACAAACCUUGUCAGUCACAUCUAGAUAUAGCUUUAAGGUUGUUAAGGUACUUAAAGCAAAGCCCUGGCAGGGGUGUUAUGUUCAGGAAAACAGGUAGUCUUGAUUUGUCAGGAUUUGUGGAUUCUGAUUGGGCAAAGUGUACAAAAACUAGAAAGUCUGUUACUGGUUUUGGGGUGUUUCUUGGAGGAACACUUGUAUCUUGGAAAAGCAAAAAACAAGGUAUUGUUUCUAGAUCUACUGCUGAGGCUGAGUACAGGGCAAUGUGCUCAGCCACUUGUGAAGUAAUGUGGAUUAAGAACAUUUUAACUGAGUUAAAUGUGAAUUGUACUUUGCCUGUAACACUAUUUUGUGAUAGCAAGUCUGCUAUUUAUAUUUCUUUAAAUCCUGUGUUCCAUGAAAGAACAAAACACUUUGAGUUGGACUUGCAUUUUUUGAGAGAAAAAAUUGCAAGUGGCAUUAUUGACCCACAAAAAAUUGCAUCUGAUAAUCAGAUAGCAGACAUUUUCACUAAGGGCCUAAAUGUUGGAAAACACAGUGUGUUGUGUGAAAAGUUAGGUUUGUUUGAUAUGUUUGCUGUAUGA